AUGGAUCUAGGGAUUUCUCCGGAGCUUUCCCAGAUAGGAUGGCAAAACAUCACCUCGGCGAUGCCUUCAAGAAGGAAACGACGCCCGAAGCCAUCGCCAUCGCCGGCCUCGGCCAGCUGCCGGCCGGCCAACCACCGAGGACAAGGCAUUAGCCCGGAGCUUGUCGCGCCAUCCUGCUUCGUGCUUUUGGCCAGACCCACCUUCAACCCUCAUCCCCCAUCUCCACCGUGGCCGCCACACCCGCCCCGGCCCUGGUCAGCACCACCGGCCAUCCUCCGCAUGCUACCGGAGAGGGAGAGAGCUAGAGCCAGGGACGCAUCACUUCACAACGCGAGGCCGUCUACCGCGCCCCCGACACACCGCCCUACAGCCGCGCCCGCCCUCCGCUGCACACCACACCGCGCCGCCAAAACGCGGCCCAGAUCGGGCCCGCACCGCCCGCCGCCACCAACAGCAGCACCUCGACCCCGCACGGUCACCACGCACCGCCCGCUGCCGAAGCGUCGCCGCGCCGCCGUCUGUCGCGUCGCCCACCGCCCGUCGCCGCGCCCCGCCACCCCCCCCGACGCGCCCGAGUGA